AUGGACCCUGCGCAGAUGUGCCAACCUGAACCCGAACGUAAGUCGUCCCUGGUGCUCCUCCGCGAGCCUCGGAAACGCCUGGGCGGGACAAGCUCCAGACGUGCUCCCAGCAGACCGCAGCGACCUCUACGAGGAUCGAGCCCCAAUGAGGAUGCGCCUCCGAACAGAUCCGACCGCCGCACCACAGAGAGCAAUCGGAGCGCUCCGGUCGCCACAGCUCCGAGCCGCUGCGGAGGGACGGAGGCAGCGCCGGUUGCGCCGCUGCGCAGGGCUGUGCCUGUGCCGACCAGAGAGCCCGUAGCUUUGCCUGUGCCGACGGCUCGAAGUCGCGAGGAGAGCGAGAGUGCGCAAGGAACGAAAUCUGCCCAAAGCAUUCCUACAGGCUCCACCUCUCUGGUGGAACUCAUCGACCGUGGCACCUAUGGCAUGGGGCCUGCUGGGCGUCGGGCGCCUUCCCGUGCCCCCUCCGCUUCCGCACGCCGCGCCGAGUCCCUGCCACCCCAAGCUCAGGCUCGAGUUUGGGCAGCUCCCUCCGAGGAGCCACGGAGAGGGAUGUGGGACCAGGGCACCCGAGCAAGCUUGGAGCAGGCCGCCCGAGCCAGCCUCACCAGCCGCCAGAGUCAACUGCGUGCCAGGAGUGCCUGGCCCGAGGGAACCGAGCGAAGGACCGAGGAUUCGGAUCCCUGGGCUGCGUACUUCAACCCAGAGCUCCGGACCAGCAAGGAGGAGGCCAUGCCGGUGUGGGGCAAGCUGCCGCUAAGGCUUAAGCGCGAGCGAAGUCAGAGACCAGUGAAGGAGGGCACGGCGGAGCUCACCACGGGGCAUAUCCCCGUCCUAAGGGAUGAGUCCAUCAACUGCCUGCUCGGGGGCCCCGAUGGAACAGAGGGCUUCUAUGCCGAUGGCACCUUCGGCCGUGGUGGCCACUCCACGGAGAUUCUACGUCGCUUGUCCGACUCGGGGCGACUCUGGGCCUUCGACGUGGACCCCAAUGCGAUCGCUGUGGGCCGGAAGCUCGAAGAGCUGGACCAGCGCUUUUCGAUGAUUCAUCGGCCCUUUGCGGAUGUCCAUAAAAGCAUUCCUGAUGGGCUGGAGUUGUCGGGAAUGCUUCUGGACAUAGGCUUCUCUUCGCCUCAGGUUGACGAUGGGGGCCGUGGCUGGAGCUGCUACCAAGAUGGCCCGCUAGACCUUCGCAUGAAUUUCAAGGCCGGGAUACCUGCCUGGAAGUGGUUGCAGACGGCAACCCCUGGAGAGUUGGCAUGGGUGGUCUACGAGAACGGCGAGGAUGACGAUCCGAUCCUUUGCCACCGGAUUGCUGAGGCGGCACUCGAGCGGCAGCGGCGUUGUGGGCCCUACACCUCCACCCUGGAGCUCUCUACCUGCAUACAAGAAGUCAAGCAUGGCUUAGACGACCGUCGCCAGCAUCCUGCGAAGCUGGCAUUUCAGGGCAUCCGCAACUUCAUCAAUCAGGAGAUGCAGCAGCUGGCGGAUGCUAUGAGUGCCCAGUUCCAGCGACUGAAGUACGGCGGCCGGGCCGUUGUGAUCACCUUCAAGCCACGAGAGGAGCAGGUCUUAGAGAACUGGCUCAGGCAAAACGAGGACGGCUGGGCCAGCCCGCUGGCAUCGCAGGUGUCACCUGACCGCCUGGGUGAGCUCUUUCCCUUGCUCUCCAGCGUGCAGCCCUACGCGGCCCGACGGCUCAUGGCGCCGAUUCGGCCCUCUGCCGAGGAAGUACGGCGCAACUCCAGGUCUCGAUCUGCAAUGGUCCACACCUUCAUCAAGGAGCCUCGGCGCCCUCCCUUCCAGAAAGUGGGCCCUUGUUUGCGGAGCUCAGGAAGCUCCAAUGGCAAGCCUGGAGACUGGCUCUGUACCCACUGCCGAGGAGUCAAUGCAGCGCACAGUGAGACUUGCCAGAAGUGUCGACGACCAAGACCUACUUGGCAAGCUCCCGUGGCUCGAAAAGCCUCGCGGCGGUGCGUCAGCAGCUACGUCGAGGUCUCCAAAGCUUUGGGCCAAGGAUGGAGCCCGCGCUCCGUUGGCCAGGCGCUGAAGCGGAAUCCCCACGCCCCCGUGGUGCCGUGCCACCGCAUCGUGCGAGCCGACCGCUCACUGGGCGGCUACUUCGGGGCGACGUCCCUGGAAGAUGCCCAGGUGAAGACCAAGGUGCGCCUGCUUGAGGAGGAGGGUGUCCUCCUGGAGCGCAAGUGCGAUGCGCUCCUCGUGAAAGCCGAGUGCUUCUGGCACUUCCCCGCGAGGGUCGACUUGGAGGCGUCUGGGUAUACCUUGAGGACCAAAUGA